UUCCCGCUAACCCAGAAUCAUUCUGAAGAAACUUCAAAAUGUGACCUCUCCUCGCCGGAGCUCGCACUAGCUGGUAACACUUAUUCAUCGGGGCGUAACCGCCGAAACCCUAAUAUUCUUUUCACGAACCAACCCGUGGGUGAGCGCAGCAUGAACGUUCUGAACGUGGCGGAGAAGCCCUCUGUGGCGAAGUCCGUAUCCACCAUCCUCUCCCGGAACCAGGGCAUGAGAAUGCGGGAGGGGCGUUCCCGCUACAAUAAGAUCUUUGAGUUCAACUACACCAUUCGCGGCCAACCCUGCCACAUGCUCUUCACCUCCGUCACCGGCCAUCUCAUGGAGCUCGAGUUCGACGAGCGUUACCGCAAGUGGCACGCGUGUAAUCCCGCCGACCUCUUCCGCGCCCCUGUCCAUAAAUCCGUCCCGGAGGACAAAAAGGAUAUCAAGAGGACGCUGGAGGAGGAAGCGAGGAGGUGCCAGUGGCUUGUUUUGUGGCUCGAUUGCGAUAGAGAGGGUGAGAACAUUGCGUUUGAAGUGAUUGACGUCUGUACUGCGGUGAAUCCUCAUCUUACUAUAAAACGGGCUCGGUUUUCUGCAUUGAUUGAGAGAGAGAUCCAUCAUUCUGUUCAGAAUCUUGAGGAGCCCAAGAAAAGUCUUGCUGAUGCCGUCGAUGCUAGGCAGGAAAUAGAUCUCCGUAUAGGCGCUUCUUUCACGAGGUUCCAGACCAUGUUGAUGAAAGAUGCUUUUGCCAUUGACACUGCUACAGAUGGCAGAAAUCUUGUCCUAAGUUACGGCCCUUGCCAGUUUCCUACACUUGGAUUUGUCGUGGAAAGAUAUUGGGAGAUACAAGCACAUGAGCCAGAAGAGUUUUGGUCUAUCAACUGCGCUCAUGAUUCGGAUGGACGCAUUGCUAAGUUCAGCUGGAUGCGGGGCCACUUGUUUGAUUAUACAUGUGCAGUUAUAAUAUAUGAGAUGUGUGUUGAGGAACUGACAGCAACAGUGACAAACGUUAGACAACAGGAAAAACUGAAGUAUCCUCCACAUCCUUUGAAUACCAUUGAGCUAGAAAAACGUGCUUCAAGAUACUUCAGGAUGAGUUCUGAGCACACAAUGAAGGUGGCGGAAGAACUUUACCAAGCUGGUUUCAUCAGUUACCCCCGUACAGAGACUGAUAGCUUUUCUUCAAGGACUGACUUGCAUGUGGAAGGGGAGGCCUUCACUUUUAUGGUUAUGGAGAACAUGCUAUUUGGCAUGGAUGCUGUUUGA